UUAUAAUAAAGAAUAUCAUGACCAUGAAGAAAUUAUUAAAAAUCGAAAAGUGAUAAAUGAAUAUAAAAAAUCUAUCAGGUUACUUAAUAAAAGACUUAAGAUAACUGAGAAUAAGAUGAAAUCUCUUCAAACAAAAUUUAAUAAUGAG